AUGUCGAAACAGCAAGGCAAAUACGAGUUACUAAAGGAAGAUACGAAGCUAAGGAGACAGCAUACCUAUAUUCAGAGCUGUUUGCUUAUCGCUCUUUGUGGUAUGUCAAGCCUUACGGUGUACGCAACAUGGACUAUGAUAUAUCGGCAGAAUCUAAUUAUUCCACCAGCACUUAUUGAUGUAUCGCUUCACUGGCGGAAUAGACUAGUGCUGUAUGAGGAAGCGUUGCGCCAUACUCUGAAACAGCAGCAGAAAGAAUUGUUUCCAAACUAUCAGGAUACUCCCCACCUCGAAAGCGCUUAUAAGGAAACAAUUGUAAAAAGUAUUUACGCAAAUAAUGGAUCAACCAUUCUGCCGGGUAAUAUAUUCAUUGCGACGAAUGAUACUCGCACAGGUGAUAGAAACAUGAGCAAAUCUGCCGAACCGUUACGCGUGAAGGAGUUGGACAGUGAGCGGAUAUUUCCAUCCCGGUUUGGAAACUACAUCUACUCGAAGGAAGCAAUGAAUGGUCAGCCACCGAGUCCGAAAAUUGUUUGCUACUAUACGACCCCGGCACUGUUACGACCAGGAGUUAUCGGGCGGAGCCAUAAUCUACGGCACAUUCUUCAACCCGAGCAUAUCGACCCGUACCUCUGCACGCAUCUCAACAUCGGGAUUAUCAAUAUCGUCAAUAACACGCUCUUCAUCGAUGGUGACGUGCGGGAAGCCCUAGUGCGUACGAAACAGCUCAGACGAGUUAAUCCGUCGUUGCGCAUUCUGCUUUGGAUUGGCGGUGGUAGCGUUGGUGGGUUCACAGCCAUGGUGGAGAACCAUGCCAAUCGCAAACAAUUUAUACAGUCAAUUAAGGCAGCGUUGGAGCUGUAUCAUCUGGAUGGUGUUGAUCUGGACUGGGAGUUCCCUGAUCAUGGUGGUAAGCAACGGAUGCAUUUUUCUCAGCUGCUGCAUGAGAUACGGCGCGAGUAUCAGCGGGAACACCGAACGUACAUACUGAGCGUGGCCGUUGCGCCACAGGAAACGAUCGCCUACAUGGCGUACGAUGUGACGGAAAUCAAUAACUACGCCGACUAUGUAAACCUGAUGACGUACGAUUAUCAUUUUUACUCACCCGAUCUGCCACAGACCGGUUUGAACGCACCGCUGUAUCGGAGAGCAAAUGAACGUUCCCUGUUGGGUACGCUGAACAUCAACGAAUCCGUACACUACUGGCUGUCUGCUGGGUUGGAGAAAAGCAAGUUAAUACUGGGACUCCCCACGUACGGUCACUCGUUCGCCCUAGUCAAUCCGUUCAACACACGGAUUGGCGCCCCGGCGUCCAAUUACGGUCGCGUGGGCAUGUUCGGAUUUGCGUCCUACUCCGAAAUAUGUUGGUUCCGCCGGUACAAUAUCUACGUCCAUCAGGUGUACGAUGUGGAGAGCUGUUCGCCCUACAUAUAUUCCGGCAGCGAAUGGAUCUCGUAUGAAGACGAGCGUAGCCUCGAGUGUAAAGCCAAAUACAUCAAGGAUCACGAGUUCGGUGGUGCGAUGAUCUUUUCCCUUAACACGGAUGAUUUCGGUUCCUACUGUGCGGACAAUGCACUGUACGGGGAUGGUUCUUCCGUACAGCAAGCUAGUUUUCCACUGCUGCGCAAGGUACGGUCUGUGCUGGUAGAAAAUAACACCGACAAAUCUACGACAUACCAGCAGCCUAAUGGAGCCAAACAAAAAAAACAAGCAGAUAGAACGUCGGCCGCGUCCGCUGCAACGGAGGAAAGAAUAGAGGAAAACCGGUGA